AUGGCGGAAGAAAGUGCUCGAAAUACCGAAAGUUUGAUCGAAUGUAAACGGUUAUUUGUCGGUGGAUUGUACAAAGGUGUCUCAAAAGAGGACUUAAGGUAGUGUUCCAGAAUUGUUGCGAGAUUCUCAAUAUAUUGUUGUCAGAAUCAGAAUAUAUAAAACAGAAUUUAAUAUUAAAACGUAUAAUCCAGGGUGCAUAAUUUCUAUGCAAAUAUAUCGCCACGCCGAAGGUUUCAAAAUAUAUUAUUUUUACGCCAAGAAAUGUGAAGUUUUACGCCAGCCGGUCACAAAAAGCGAAACGAAAAUAAAAGCUUGCCAAUAUCCAAUAUGGCUGACACACAUAUUUAGUCGACAAUCGAAAAAAAGCGCAUUAUGCGUGUACUAGAUAGAUAAGAAUGCUUGUUUUGUUUUUCGAUAACCAUUUUAAGCAUAAUUGACAGUGGAAGAACGUCUACAUUUCAGUUUUAGGAAGUACAAACUACUUUCAUAAUUCGUAUUUAAUAUUUUAAUAGGCAUAUAUUUAUAAAUACAGAAAUAUGCCGGACAAUUUACGCCAACCUGACGCCAACACGCCCCAGUUUGCAGAACGUGGCACUAGUGCACCCGAGGGCAAUUUCUUGUUGCAAUUUUAGCGCACCUAGCCUAAAUGUUCCUCGUGCCUUAGCUCCCAGGGUGCACUUGACAUGUAUAAUGAUGUAGGGUGUCUAUACAAGUAAGCUAUUACAGACCACAUGACUUGAAAUGGGUUAAUUUACAUACAAGCUUAGGAGGUCUAUUACACUGGUACCUCUUCCUCUUAUUUUUAAACACUUGAAACAUGAUACACUUUGUCCGUAUCCUUCUUUUUCUUCAUCUUCAUCCCUUUCCCCACAUAUAAGAUGAACAAAUUCGCUGCAUAACUUACAUUUGUGUCCUGUUCCUACCUCUUUAUCGCAAACUGCACAUGUUACUUCUAUAGUUUCCGCCAUUUUCUUUCAGGAAAAAAUUGGCGCGAAAAUAUCAAAUCAGCUUACGCAAUACGCAUUCUUCAACUCAGGUUACUGCUCAGUGGGUUACUGUCUAGCGCGUAUUUGGCCACGCAAGAAAAGAUAUACGAAAGAGUGGACCGUGGGGGGAAAGACAAGAGAUAAGCCGCUAAUAAAUUGUAAUUUACUAUUUCCCAGCCGGCGGACCGGCGGUGACACACCUUGUCACAAAAAAUUCGCACCUACAGCAUUUUUUACAAUUUUUCAGGUGCGCACCUGACAGUUUGAAGCGCACCUGCACUUGAAAUUCUUGGUAUAUCGCACCCGAGAUCUCGUCGAAAUGUGCCACGUUCUGCAAACUGGAACACACCUACAUCUUAGCGAUCGGUACGCCAUUAUGCCAAGACUAGUACAUCUCCACGCUGGAGAUCUCCGAACUUUUGUGCACGGAAUGCACCCUGGCGUAUAAUUUGACAAUUCGUAGUCUACAGUACUGCCAAGAAAUAACUUAUCAAAAACCGCGUCCAAGAUGCGGGUAUCUUGCGUCCACUGUGUGUCCACGGCUGCGUCUGUCCUGCGGGCGCCGUGAGUCCAUCGUGUGUCCACUGUGCGUCUGUGGGUGCAUCCACUGUGCAGGCGCCAUGCGUCCGCUUUGCGUCUGCGGGCGAGGACGCAGCUGAGAAAGAGUUCUAUUCAUAGAUCGUCGGAAAUUAUCACGUUUCGCUUUUCAUAAACAAACUGUGGGCGUCGGAAAAUAUUUGUGUUAGCGAUUUCACACCACGUUUUUAUGCUAAAACACAAGCGUUGCAGACCUAGAAUCCUAGAUAUUUAUACUUCUAACAUUAAACUCACCGUGAAUUUUCAGAAUUUGUGCUUCGUAAAGUUCCUUUUCGUAUUUGAUCUCUACUUUCGCACCUUCGUAUAACGUUUGGUUUAAACCCAGUAAUCUUUUAACGUUGCCGGUUGGCAAAAUGCACGUAUGGUUUUAUAUCUUCUUUGAAAAACCCAAAAUACGUUUUGGUUGACAAGUAAGCGAUCGAUACCACAUUUCAUUAGUCUGAUAGUAAUAUGGAUCGAGUUAUAUUAGUCUGAGCUCUUCAAUUCAGCUUUAGCGAAUUAUACUUUAGCGAAUUAUACUUUGAAAAUCAAGCGAUGAGUCACAGUCAUUGAAUCGUGUUGAAACACAAAGACUGUUUCCUGGACAUGUAAAGGUAUUCCAUUAAGGGAUUAAGAGAAGUCAUUUAUCCAGAAAUUAUAUGGUAAUUAUCAAUUUAUAUGACAUAUCACCAUGUGCAUUUACUGCUUUGGAAAAACAACACAAACUUGUUGCUGUAAAUAAAGUUAUAUAGUGGCUCAUAGUAAUGGUAUUUUAUAUGAAAAAUCAAAAGCGCUAUAUAUAUUGUAAAUGAGCAUCUUCGUUUUAAUAUACUGACGAGUUACGAAGACAUAACAUUAUUCAAAUACAGAAUUGCAUAUCAACUAAUCGGCAAUCUUCUACGAGGUAAGUCAGAAUUUGAGUAGCAAAUGAAUGUGUUGCGAGAUAUAUACUCGUUGUAGUCGUGAUCUCACUGAGUUUAGUAUAUGCAUGUGUCUACAUUAUAUUUAUAUAUAGUUUAUGUGUAUUUUACGCUCCAAUAUACAGUCAUAUACGCUUCAAUCGCCACUCAAGUACGUGUGAUUGCAUUGUGAAAGCACUACGCUUACUGUAGUAUAACGAAUAACAUUAUAAAAUGGUUACCGGUAUACUAAGUGUAACGCUUAGGUUCAAUGAAACUCGAUUUCGGAUUCAACUUUUUAUUCUUGCUUCUCCGAUCAGUGACACUGAUCUGUAUUCUCACGACAAACUACGAGUAUGAUGCAAAUAUUAGUUCGUUUUCCGAUUAUGUUACGACGACUGCGUCCAAGCCGACGCAGUUUUUAACUAGAGGCCGGACGCGGGCACUUUGGAGGCAGGACGCGGGCAGAGUAGACGCAAGACGCGGGCGUCGUGGAGGCCGGACGCGGGCGCUCUGGAGGCAGGACGCGGGCAGAGUGGACGCAAGACGCGGGCGCUCUGGAGGCAGGACGUGGGCAGACGCGGGGACAAGUUAUUUCUUGGCAGUACUGUACCUCAGAUAAUGUAUUAAUGUUGAUCGUCUCUUAGGCUUUUAAAAACAAUAUGACAGCCUUUGAAACUCCCGAAUUUCAGAUCGGCAAGAAAUUUCCGACCUAAAAACGAUAAUUAUUUUAAUUUUUAUAAUGAGCUUAAGCAAGCAAUUUUUUGUCAACAUGGACAUCACUCAUCAGAUUGUCGAGGGGGGGGGGGAUGGUUUAAAAACUGUGUUAACUUUGUACACAGUUUGUAUAAUGCAGCUAUCAAUUUAAAACCCAAGGGGGGGGGGGGGUGCAGGAAAAGGGUGGAGAUUUGACAAAAAGUUGAGAUUUUGUUUAAAAUUUCCUUGGGAAGACAGGAGACCAAUAUCAAUCAAAUGUAUCAAAAAGUCUCCACCUGGCUGGGCUGGAUGUAUAAAAUACUAAAAAAAGUGAUUAAAGUUAACUAUAGUUAGUGGAAACAUCAUCCAAUAAGAAGUGCAUAUUUGAGAGUUAAUCACUAUUAGUUUUAUACAACCGGCCCCUGGGGGCAGAAUAAGCAGGGUCUGAAAUUUAUAUAUUUUGUCAGUAUCCAAAUGGGAUACCAGGAUUCAAAAUUUAGUAUCCCCCCUGAGAAUCCAGUAUCCCACUUCUGGAUACUGCAUGGUUACCGGUACCAUAAGUAUUAUACACUGUCCCAUCCAAAUAAAUUUCCAUAACUCUCACUGUAACAAAUUGCAAUAACAACAGGAGACUCAACAGUCAACAACUAAAUAACGCACUAAAAUGCACAUAAUAUCCUUCAACACACUUCUAUAUGCUAGUCCUCAAUGAGGUUGCAAACUGAUAGUAUUCAAAAACUAUCAAGAGCCUCAAAGGUGUUUAACAUUUUCUUAAUGUUUGAAAUUUUCUUAGUAUAUCCAGUCAGGAUAGAAGUUUGGUAUCCAAAACCAAUACUGCAACAGGGCUUUAUCCAAGCACUUUCGCUGACCCCCGUUUUAGAAACGAAAAUUCAGUUUUUGUGAUGCACAAACUGUAGUCUCUCGAAGUGUAGCAUCUUAAACUAUAUUGCCGCCACGUUGCUUGAAUGUAACCGCCUGGUUUGUGAAUGAUGUAAUCUUAUAUAGACAUUGCCCAAUACCAAAGAGGCCAUGCAUUGAUGUACUCGUAUUCAAGCGUAUUUUUUCUGCAGCUUUUUCACUCUUCCAAGGUUGUGUAAAUCUUAGAUUUUAGCUCGAAAAAUUAUACUUUUUAUUUGUAAUAUUUGUUUAUCUUCAGUCAUCCCAUUUCAUUUUGUGCUGAUUUGAUCGAAAUUUUUAUCAGAAAUCCAAAAAUGCAUGCCAUCUAAGCAUGGUGGGCACAAGACACAAAAUACACAAUAUAUAGAGGUAGCUUUAUAACAUAAACAAUAACAUGUCGUUUUAAUUUGAAAAAAACAGCUCAAACAGCCCUGUUGCUCGGAAUUCCAAAAACUAAAGCGUGUGAAAAUUAUUUUUUGUUGUUUUUAGUGUGAAGUUUCUUCGAAACUUCACAGUAUUGUAAUGACUGGGGGGAAAUUCAAACGAAUCAGUCAGUCAUACAGUAAACUUUCCGGGGGUAUAGACGAUUAGUUAUGUUCGUAGUGAUUUAUUGUACUUAGUCAGUGUUUUGAAGGUUAUUUAGGCAAUUUCAGUUGCCUUCUUUAAAUAUCCUUUUGGACUUUUGCCAAGUUCACAAAAAUUUCGAGGAAUCGUUGUCGUUAUGCAAAUUUUAUAACAUUCGCUUCUCGUCGGUUUUUCGUGUUGUGUAAAGGACUUUCCCCCGGAACACCCGAUUUUUUCUUUAGCAGCGCAAAUGCGCAUGCUCUAUCAAGCCGUAGAUCAACGAUAGCGUGACAAUGCUACGAAGGAGCGAGGCAGUGUUGUUUUCAAAUAUAUAAAUAUUGAAUGCCCAUAAUGCAUAACAUCGAUUUAUAUAUUGCGCAGAUUAUCAAAGAUUUACUAGCUGUAAUAGUAAUUCUCAUGUCUAAAAUAUUUUAAAUAUUUUAAAUAUUUUAGACAUGAGAAUUACUAUUACAGCUAGUAAAUCUUUGAGAAUCUGCGCAAUAUAUAAAUUGAUGUUAUGCAUUAUGGGCAUUCAAUCAAGUACCGAUAUUAUUUUAUUGAUGGUAUAUUCAUUAUACGAAGCUGGGAAGGAGCUAGACAGUGCUUUUUUUCAAAUGCAUAAACAUUUCAUUUUCAGAAUUCAGACGUAAAUAUUGAGAAAAUCUUUGAGAUUCUAGGCAUUCAAUUAAGUGUCGAUAUUAUUUUGACGGUAUAUUCAUUAUACAGAGCUAGGAAGGAGCCAUAUACAGUUUGUUUUCAAAUAUAUAAACAUUUCAGACAUGAAUAUCUUGGAUUCUACGCAAUAUAUAAAUUGAUGUUUUGUAUUUUACCGGCAUUCAAUUAAUUAAUAUUUUAAGUGCCGAUAUAUAUUAUUUGUAUUCAUUAUACAUCGACUGUAUAAGGUGCUACACAGCUACACCACAGAGUAGAUGGCUACACUCAGUACGAAGAGCGAAAACUUGCAUCAGUCAGUAGCGUAAACAACUAUUAAACAGAAGCGGUCUUUGUAUCAUUGUAUGGCGUUAUAAUACGAAGAAAAUAUAACCAUCAAAAUAACUUGUUGCGAGACUAAAGCCUGUUGCGAGGCUAAAGAAAAUCUCUUGACCCGUCAGAGCUCUUUAUUCAAACGAGAAAGACGAGGAAAUAGCCAACGUAUAUCGCUUUACAGUCUUACCUCAACAAGAGGGAAGAGCCUGGGAACUAGGUUGCUUUACAGUAUGAAAUAUACAGUCACGGGCCUUGUUCACAUGUCCAGCACAACGGUGCAAACUCGUGUUCAAUGCAGUAUUUAAUGCAAUGAGAACUCUACCAGAUCUUACAAGAAUCUAUCCGUAUCAGAGCUUUAUCAAAACUGCUAUAAUUAAACACUGCUAUAAGCCUAUAACUGUGAAACUAUUGACAUCUAAAUUGAAAUUAUUGAAUACUUGCGAAAAGCUGAAAAUGACUCAUGAAAAGCAACUUGAUCUUGGGAAUAUAAAGUCAAAGGUCAAUGAGACUUGUUGUUGUGAAACAUGUCACAAAUCACAAUUAGGUUAAAAUGCGGAAGCGGAUGAGGAACGGAGCGGAUCCACGGAGCGGAUCCACAGAACGGAUAUGGGGAUAAAAUACGUCCUUUUAAUGAUGCAACGUCGUAGUGCUUAUUAUUCAUAACAUAUCUUUAAUCCUGUACAGCUACAGGUAUUUCAAUUAAAGUUGUCACUGAGACAAUAGUCAAAUGUAAUAUGGGCGCUAAAAGGAUCAUGGGAAUAAUCAUAGUUUUAAAUAAGUUUAGUAUAUCAGUAGCCUCGUGGGGAUGCUUUUAGCGACAGCUCCCAAAGCAAAUGUAGUUUUAGAAUAUGCAAAAUUUGGUUGUUGGUGAAACAAUUUAAAUUUCGAGUUGUCGCGUGCAGCAUCACAAUAAAUAAAUAAAUUGUAUCAGUUCCACGAGGCACGACAUUUUUGAUGUGCUAGCCAGUUGUUUCAAACGUCUCGCUAUUCAUGUGCCGAACGCAUUAAAAAUAGAUGAGAUGAAAUGCCUUUGGUAACUGUUUAUUUCGUAGUGUAAGCCAUCAACUUUUCUAGGUUGUCGGCGACCCUAUAUAGUUCUUGCAGUGUCUUUUUCAAUUUGAAACUUCACACUAUCCUUGGAUCCCUAGUUUCUUUUCGUUGGAGAAAGAUUCAGUUUAAAAACUCAAUCCAAGAUUGAGUUUUGACCUCCGUUUACUGGAGGUCACUUGGUGCUUGGAUAAAGCCCUGUCAGCAAACUUCAGACCCUGGAAUAAACAUUCUCCGUACUGAAAAACAAUUGAUACAAUAAUAUAGCCCAGACAACUAUUUAUUGGGUUUAAUGCUUCACUGCUUCUUGCAGGAUAUUCAGAAAUGUCAGUCAAAUGUCCCACCCCCUGGGAUAACAUUGAUGUUCAAAUUCCCUACGAAGGGGAUAAGCACUCAAGUCCAAUCCCCAGUCUUUGCCAGCAGCCUCCCCGUGGGAUUUACAUUGAUAGAUGCAUAAAUCUGACGUCCAUGCUGACAAAACGUCGCUUGCUUAAACUCGCAAAUUUUCAAUCUAAGUCUUAGUCGGCAAAAAUUUUCCAAACAAGUGAAUAAUUUCCAAAUGAUAAUUUGAUUUUGUUGCUUACAUCAAGUAAUUUAUAGACAGCAAUUCAAUAGUAAACAAAACAAAUAACAAAAUGCAGGAACAAUAUCAAUUAAAUAAUUGAACCCGACCAAACAGUUCAGGUGUGUGCACCCCACUAAAUGCACUGUGCCAAACAGUGCAUGUUCGGCACUUAAUUGUUAUGUGUUGUUAUUGCUGUAAUUAUAUAUAGCAUGUGCAGUCCACGCACCCAGCAUGUAGCUAUAACUGCAUGGACUGCAUGCAAUAGGUUCUCUAAAUACACCUCAUUCUAAAAUACAAGUGAUAUUUGACAGAUUGGAAACAGCAUGCAAUCAAACAUACAUAGAGGAUAUUAGACGGUUGCGAAGAGAUAUGGAUUUUAUGUUCGAGUGGCAAAAACAAUAUCUCACGAGUGAGCGCAGCGAACGAGUGAGAUAUUGUUUAUGACACGAGAACAUAAAUCCAUAUCUUCUCGCAGUCGUUUAAUGUUCUGUUUAUUAUACUGUAUGGACUUAUUCAGAGUGACAAAAGUACACACAAAGACGACAUGUAAAUAAGCACGCGAAAGACCAGUGUAAUUGUGUAAAUGCGAUAUUUUUUUAAAUUAUAGUGCAAACAUAAAACGAGAAUAAAUUUUACUUAUCUCAAGAUGUCUUUUAAAUGUUUUCGUUUUAUUUCCAAUGUUAAUUUCGUUUUAAAUACGAACCAAAGACCAUUUGUAUUUUCAAAACAACAGCAAUGAAAAUGGCGGGAAAUUUGAGAAACACUAGCAGGGGUGAAAUCAGUGAACUCUCUAUAUAUUUAACAGUUAUUCUACGAACUCGAGUCGAAUAUGAGCUGAUAGCCGAUGAGGCGCGUAGCGCCGAAUCGGCUAUCGCUCAUAUUCGACGAGAGUGAGUGGAAUAACUGUUUUAUUAUAUACACAAGGUCUGAAUUCACAGACUUUGCUUUUCGAAUAUUUUCAAUAUUUUUCUAUUUUGUUUAUGUUUUUAUCUUCGCUGUUUCGGCCGAUUAUUUUUUCAAAAAUAUAUAUUUUUAACCAUUUUAAAUUUUAAACAUUUAUUUGCUAACCUGAAAACAAUUUGUGGGAGUUUUUUCAUUGUGUUUUUAAUCCUGUAAAGGCUAUAAAAAGCGACAACUUGCCGUUUUCUCGUUUGCAAAACAUCGUAAAUUCAGUUUGGCCGCCAUUUUGUUUUUCUCUACUAGCAGGAUAUGAGCUAAUAUCCCGCUAGUAGAGAACCAAUCAGAUUGCAGAAUACCUCAUAUCCAGACCUUGUGUAUAUAAUAAAUAUAUAUAUCUGGAACGAUAACAGCGAGCGAAAAGUGAAGCCGACGGAAAAAUCACGACAUAAGUAUUCGUCAUUGUCUUCGUCAUCAACUGUUCAAGAACUUUCUUACAGUAUUAAAAAUCACUUAGGGCCUGUUCAUAUGAUCCCGCUUACCGGGACGUCUCGCUUACCGAGACGAAUAUUUCCGUGCGUUCAUAUGGAGUAUUUCGUCCCGCUUGCCGAGAUGAAAUUACAUUGUAGUUCUAUAAUUAGCGUAUGCAAAACUUCUACAUUUCAGUCAAGCAACACAAAUACUUGGCGAUUUUAGUGUUUUUCUUCGUUUAUUUACAAGAAAAAGUAUUGCUUCAGGUGGUUAUUUAAUACUUGUUUACAAAACAAACAUAAAACCAAGUAAAAAGUGUUAAAUUAAACCGGCAAGACUUGUUUCACUUCAUCCCGGUAAGCGGGCUGGCGUGUUCAUAUGGAAAAAUUUUCAUCCCGCCUACCUAUGAUCUCGGCAAAUUCAAACGAGAUCUCGGCAAGCGGGCCAGCUCGCUUUCUCAUAUGAACACAAUGCAAAAUUUUAUAGGAAAAUAGAUAGGCGGCGAGAUCAUCGGUAAGCGAGACGUCCCGGUAAGCGGGAUCAUAUGAACAGGCCCUUACAUAUAAAAUUUGUAAUUGUUUUGAAAGUUUUUAUCACAGUUUUUAUAUCUUUAUUCACUUUUAUAAACCUGAAGAUGGAGUUAUACUUCGAAACGUAGUUAUUAAAAUAAUUUUUUACUAAGCCCAUAUGGUCUAAUUUUAACACACGUACCGAUAUUCAUUUACAUUUUGCUGGCAGGCAAAUUCCGAUCACACAAUAAAUUCUUUAAAAAAUAACGUACCAGUGUAUUGACUAAAAACUAUAAAACUGGUAAACUAAAAAACAAUUCAAACAAUCGCGAAAAAUGGCAACGGCAAAGUCACAGUUGCAAGUCAAUUUACCUACCUGUGAAAUGAAAUUUUCUCGCAAGAAUAUCUCUUUCGUUGUGCAUCCAGAACGACAGUACGACACAAUAUAUUUGAAAAAGUGAUUCUUUUCUCCAGACGGGGAAAUUUUACUCGGCUUUUUUCCGACAGCGAACUCAAUGCAGUAAAUUUUAGGAGCAAAUCUGUUUGCUCCUACAAUGUAUUGCAUUGAGUUGGCCAUGUUUUUAAUUUUUUUUUCGUGAUUGCGUUCAAAUUUAUACUGGCCGUGCAACGGUUUGCAAGAGGGGGAAUGAAACUGACGUCCAAUCCGCGUAAGCCUGACGUUUGAGGGACUGAGACUGACGUCCAAUCCGCGUGAAAGACUGGUAUCGAGGCUUCAUUGUUUUCACAAUCAAAUGACUGAAUGUUAUCGUUCCAGAUAUAUAUAUAUAUAUAGAGUUCACUGGGUGAAAUACGGAAAAUACGCGCACCUGGCCCCGGAUGUAGUGACGUAUGAGUUCUACGAGUGUUUUAGUUUCCUUGUCCAUAUAAUAAAGGACUUUAUUCGCGAGGAAAUCUAGAAUAUAUGAAAUGUAAUAAUAAAUAAAAGUUUAGUUACAGAUAAAUAAAAAAAUGUUUCACUUGUGUAAACAUGCCAGUCAAUUCUUGCUGUUGCUAAUGGUUAAUUCAAUUGAUGAAUUUGAUAUGCUGAUAUAUUAAGUGAUAAUGAUCAAAACAUGAUAAAACGCCAUCCUUGAAAAUACAAGCUUCACCCAAUAAUUUCCAUUUGUACAGGUACUGUAUAUAACAAAACAUACAAAAGAACUAGGAAAGUACAAAAUAAAGUCAGAUUUAUUCAAGAAAGUCAAGAAACUAGACUUGCACUCGGCGCUCACUACUAGUACAAAGGCUAGUACAAACUAUCGGUGAUCAAACCUCACCGACCCAUCCCCAAACUCCUCGAUCCUCCUUGAUUGAGCCCCCUCCCCAAUAUUGAUUUAUUUCUGACAGCCUUGAAAUAUGUACUUGUAUGUGAUGAAAAGUGUGUUCAAGGAAAAAAUGUCGAGAAAGAAGCUAGAGAUCUACUGGAAUUUGUUAAUAUUAAUUUUCAAUGCACAUUUUGAGUGUUACAGUGUUAAUGUCAGGUUUGACUCUGGUUGUAUAAUUAUGUCAAAAUUUUGACUGGUAAAACAUUUGGGGAAAUGUAUUUCGAUUAAUCUCGUACCUUAAGGUGGAGUAAUACGAGCAACAAAAUUGCUGCAACUUGCAACAAAAUCUGAUUUCAACGCAUGUUAAGUAGAAAUGUUGACACGUGUUGCCUCGUGAUUUGUAAUUUAUGGGUAAACAUUUUCAAUUAAACAUGCGUUGAAAUCAGAUUUUGUUGCAAGUUGCAGCAAAUUUUGUUGCUCGUAUUACUCCAGCUUUAUAUAAUAUUUUAGAUAUUACACUAAGCAAACGAAACUGAGGAACUCUGUGUGUUUCUAAUUAUUAUGUAGGUUUGAUUAGGCCUAAAGAAUAAUAUCCUGCGGUUCCGCAUUCAUUGCCUGAAAAAUUAAUUGUUCAUGAAUGUCAUUUAAUUAUUCAUGAAUUUUGCUAAUAUUAAGCCAUAUUAGGCCAUAUAAAAUAUAUUAAUAAUUAGUCUAAUGCGUAGAUACGGAAAGAGCUAAUGCCCUUUGUUGUUACUAACUGCGCUAUAUCUGUACAAAAACAUAUGCACCAUGACUACGUAUUAUCAAAUUUAAGCAUGAGGCUACAUUUCUGUAUAACGGUGCGUUUAAUGAGGUUACAUAGUAACCAAGGUUAAUAUCAUAGGAACCGCGCGCAGUCUGGGUACUAUAGGUGCCCUCAGGAUAUCGGAUAUAGAGAGUGGCAAGCAGACUCUCAGAUCAUUAGCUAAUUCGUAGCCAACUGCAAUGGUAAUCUGCUCAGAGAAGAAGCUUUUUUUUUCAUGACUACAAUUGAUUUUCAAUUUAAUUUCCAUCGAACUAAGUUCGGUGUGAUAAGGUGCAGACGUUCGGUGGUCAGGUCCUGAAUGGACAGGUCCACGUGAUUCGGACCUGAAUCCAAGUAACUCAAAUCCGUAGAUCAUUAGCUGACCACGUCUGCACCUAACUAUCCACACGGGUAAGAAUGGUGACGACAGAUAUUAAGUCGUUUUAGUAUAGUGAUACUUGUAUUUUUGCUACAUAGUAUUUUGGAGUUUUUGAUCUGAUGAAGACGGACUUUAAAGUGGCAAUUCAAAUCAAGAAUGAUGAAAUAAGCAAAUCUACCACUGGCUCACCACCAACUCUGAACCCGCGUGAUGACAAAUUCAACAUUGCUCUUUUAUGCAUAAAAUGCAAUAAAUUUAAGACGUCUUUGUUAGUUUUUUUAUUCUUGCUUUGCUUCAUCUCAUUUUGCCACCGUGACUGGCGCUAGGGCUGGCUGCGUAGCUGGCGCUACCCCUGCUAGCUUCUCCUGCCUCCCCCCUCCCCGCUAACGCCUGCUGGGCAGGCUAUAUUGUGUAUACAGGCCAUUUUCAACCACUGCAUGACCGCAAAUAGUCAAUUAAAGCCCUUCUGAUUGACCUAUUGAUUAAUAUGUCAAAGUCUAGAAAUUCUAGUAAAUGUCCUUAGACUAUGAAUAAUGUAAGGUACAUUAUUCAUAGUAAUAAUAAUAUUCAUAAUAUUUGUAACAUUAAUAAUAUUUGUAACUUUUGAUAUGUAUUUUUAUCAAAUGAAUAAAGACUUAUUAUUAUUAUUAUUAUUAUUAUUAUUAUUAUUAUUAUUAUUAUUAUUAUUAUUACACUGAUGAUAUUGGUAUACAUAUUAUACAUUAUUUCUCUUUUAUUAAAUGAAGACUAAAGUUUACCCCGUUUGGAGAUGUCAAAGACUUGGAAAUUAUAAGCCGUCAUGAUUCCGGCUCAGGUACUGUAUGGCAUCAAGUAGUUUAGUAUCCUAAUGUAAUUUAUGUCGCUUAAAAAUCACACUGCAUGAAACGGCAGUAUUAAAUAACAGCAGACAAGGAGAUUGGUCAUAGAAAAUUGUUGAUCAGUGCUGGUGAUUCGGCUUGUCUGUGGAUGCAUGUGCUUAUUGCAUGUUGUACUCGGUAUUCCGUAGAAUGUUGGAAUAAUACGUUUACGAUUCCGCCGGGAUCACCCACUCCAAUGUUGUGUAUGUUCAAAUUCCUAAAUCUCUUAAUUUUACAUCCACUUUAGGGGAUCAUAUAAAAACGUUUGCAUACCUCAACAUUGGCAUGUCUGAGAAGAAUUUUAGAAAAUGUAAGUACGGUUUGUUGCUUAGCUCCGCCGAUGGUUUUAUGUAUUUAUUUAGCUUUGCCAACUAGGGCAGGGUCACCACAACAGCAUAUGCCAAUUACUGUGGGCCCUUUUACCUAACCCACCCUGUCAACUUUCCCUGUGGGAAGAAACCGGAGUACCCGGAGAAAACCCACGACUUUCGGCAGAGCGUUGACUUUUACUCUUUUCACAUGAGGACUGGGUUCGAGUCGCGUCGAGAAAGGUCUCAGGACCGAGGAUGCACCGGGACUUGAACCUGCGACCUUAGAGGUGAAAGGCAAGUGCGCUAACCACCUAAGCCACAUGAACUGAUCCCAUAUAAAUAUUUAAAAAAAUCAUAUGUGAUGAACUUCGAUCAAACUGUUUGUUGAGAAAUAUGAUACUUGGACUAAUAUACAUGCAGGUAUUGCAAUGAAUGGCGUAAAUUCUACCACCAUUACCAUAUAUCUUUGAGCCAAUAUGAAUUUAUUUUACUAUAAUAUAAGCAACAUUUUCUUCCCUUGAAUAAAUAGGUUUAACGACGUAUAACAAAUGUAAUUGGAAAGGCCAUAAUCUUAAAGUGGAAGUUGCCAAAGAAGAUUAUUUAACCAGGUAGACUUACAUCAUAUUUAAAGCAAUAUUUAUCUCCAAAACUUUGAUUACCAUAUAUCUGCAUGUGUACAGAUCCCAACCCAAAGUUAGUAACAAUGUUAAUCGUCGUAUAUACUACUGUGUAUACUAUUAAUGUAUAUGACUAUUAUUCCAGUAAUACUAAGUUUUCGUUUUAGAUUGCAGAAAGAGAAGCAGCCAAACGACAGUUUAGGUCAAACCAAGGAUACCCCAGGCAUUCCUGCAGUAAAGGACAUAAAAUCAGCAGUUCCCGGGACACCUGUACCGAAGAAAAGAAACUGGGUGAUCGGGAAGUUUGGAAGAGCACUGCCAAUUGUGUUUUUACGUCGAAAAGAUGGCAAGAAGAUAGCAAAAUUUGAUCCGUCAAAAACUGUUCACUGUUUGAAAAAGCUGAGCGGGAAUAACGAUAAUCAAGAUCAUCCUGUUGAUAACUUAACUUGGAAUCUUGAUGACCAUGAUCCAGUCCUUAUUGGAGUUUAUAAAACGAGUCCUACAAACAGAGUUUGUUUGAAACGACCACGUGAAGAAAUUGAAGGAGACAAUUGUUAUACAGCAAAGGAGAAAAUUAGGACGAAGGAAAGGAACUCCAGUUUGAAAGAUAUUCACAGUAAUGAAAAUGUGAAUGAUGCAACUAACUCUUUCGGCGAUUAUGAUCAACCACAACAUAACAAACCUAGUUUUCUUAACUCUAGCAAUUCUAUGGUUAAAAGUAACGAUGAAUCAAUUUCGUUUCCUUCCUCUCACCAGAGUUUUGACAAUGAUGGAACAAGUGAUGCUUUGUCAACAAGCAAAUCUAGCUUAAAGGAAAGCAAAGAGUGGAAUGAAAUUAAAGAUAAAGAUUAUGAGCAACAAUCUGACAACCAAGUUGACUUUUCAUCAAGUAGCGAAAGCUGUUUAUCCAGUGACGAGAGCUUAUCACAAACAGAAGAGUCAGAUCAGGUUUCAGAAACAAGCAGUCACUCGAAUUCUGCGUACACUUCAUCGGUAGAAUCGCUUAGAGAUUAUGAGACAGAAACCAAAUCAAGUUCUCGAACUUCAAAACUUUUUAAAGCAGACAUAAGUGAUCGAUCAAGAAAUAAGAGAGAAAUUUCAAACAAGUUAAGACUGGAAACAUUAGAAGAAAGAAGAGAAGUUCUCAAAACUCAGAAAGAAAUCGUUAAAAACGCCCUCCAGAAGGUGGAUGCUGGUUCUGUUAAAGGAGGAAAUCAUAUAGUUUUUGGGAACGAUGACAACCGCACGGAUGAAGAAAAUCUGAAUUCAUUGGAUGACGGAAAGGUUGGUCUGUCUUAGCAAUUAAUCAUAUUUUAAGUUGAUAAGGUAACUGGGACGUGCAGGCAUUUAAAGUUUGAUCGAAUAAAUGGUACCAACGAUAGGAAUCUCUGUAUAGGAAUAGUGAUCUAUGAAAAUGGUAAAAAUGUCUAUGGAAUACCCUGAUAUCUUCAAAAUUAAUGUGUUUGACUAAUUCUCUCUAAAGCUUACUAUUGAAACUGUAUUACACGAAUAAAAUUAUCAAACGAAUAAAAUAUUGAAUUUCUAUCAUCUUUUGGGUGCUGAUUACAGUGACAGGUUACAGAUUAUAUAAAUACACUAAUCUUAACUCGUAUGUGGCAUGCAAGGCGACCCACCUGCAAAAUUCAGCACUUUGAUAGGUUCCUGAACGGUCGGUAAUUUGCAGUACGGACCACUAAGAUGGACCAAAUCAGUCUUUUCCUAGUCACUUAAACUGUAAAUAUGUAACCAGUAAGCUUUGCAUAUAAAAUGACUCCAGUACAUGUUAAAACUUUGUUUACAUGUAUGAAAACACUUUUUGAACUAAAGUAAAACUGUACCGAAAAUGCUCUGUUUUCGACUUUUAUUAUUUUAAAAUCCGAAAAUCUGUUGUUAUCGUUUUAUCUUGUUGUUUAGUCAAAAUUGUUCACAGAAAUUUAAAAUCCUGCGUUUUUAAAUAUUCAAAUAGUGUUGGAAACUUUGUUUUUCGAAGAAUGCCAUAUAAUAAAUAACUUAUUGACUGACCUUGUUCAGUCCUGACUGGAAGGCACUUGUCGAGUUCGUUUUUCUCUUGCAUAUGGACCUCGCCUACGGCUCGUCUAAUAUCAUCCAGUCCGAACUUCUAGCUCAGUCAAUAACAUAAUAUUACAGCUUAAACCUUAGUUUAUAUAUUUCCAUGUUUUUUCAGAAAAUAAGUGGUUCCAAAGCUCUUGCUUGGCUAGGAAUGGAUUCUUCCAGUGACGACGAUGAUGACUCUAACAAAAAAGUCGUAGAAUUUCUUGGAAAAGAGCAUUUUGAUGGAAGAUCAGGGGAGAAGGUUCGCACUUUUUUUGAACAAGUAUACUUCUCUGAACCAUCCUAGCAUAUAUUUCUAACAAUGCCAUACUUAUAUAUAUCAACAUGUUUCGCUGCUCUUGUUUGCACAAGUUAUAUUGUUUGCAUAAUUACGUUCAGGGCCUAACAGGAACAACAUUUUGUUGUGUUUAUCCUUAGCUGAUGAAAUUGCAACAAAAGUUUGGGCAUGAUCAAAGGUUUAAAAUGGAUGAACGCUUUUUGGAAAGUGACGAUGAAAUGGAAGCGAUAUCAAAAACACCGGUUUUUGAGGAAUAUGAUUUGGACAAUCAACUUAAGGAAGAAAAAUUGUUAUCUUUGAAAGUUCUCCAAGAUGUGCUUGGUACGAACUCCGUGUUUGUCGAUGAAAACGAGGAUGCGAGAAACUUAUACAGGUGAGAAAAGUGACUUUCAGUUGCUAAAUACAUCAAAGAAUUAUUUCAUAAAUCACUAUUAAAGUAUUACUUUUAUUGCACGGUCAGUAAAAUUGAUGUUUCUAUUCAAUGUCACGUGAUCAUUAUCAGCUGGCCAAUUAAAUGACGACAAUUUAAGACAUUAUAUUUUGCAGAACUUUUUUUAUCGCUACUGAUUUUCCUGACAAUGUAUUAUUAACUUCGCUAUAAGGACCUUAAUUCAGCAACCGUUCGCCCGUUCGGUUUAUUAGACGAAAGGUAUUAGUAAAUCUGAUGCUAUACAGUAGUUCCACGCUAUACCUAUGUUACUUUACUAUGGACUGAUUAUUGUGCUCUCCAGGACAAAUGCAGUUAUAUUUGUGUUUGCAAUAGAGACUCUGUUGACACACACUACGAUCCAAGUCGUGAAGACCAUGCUAACUUUGAGGAAGAAAUUAGAAUACCUAAAAGUCCCGAGCGAAACAAUGAGAACAAUAUGGCAGAUGAUGUAACUGCAGUAAACGAACAUGUUGUUACACAAGAAAAAUUUUAUUGUGUAUCUGAAUCAUUGAAAGGAUUUUUUGGCAAUAAAGAUAAGGUACUGUAUGGCAGUUCAUGCCAAUUACGAUGAACG